AUGAGGCAGGUUGUGUUGAGAGCAAGAUAUGUUCCUCACAAGUCGAUUAGAGUGACAACGAUAAGGAACCUGGUGGUGUUCUACGCCAAUGUUACUCGAUUGAGCAGCGUUGUCCUUGAGGAGCUCUGUAAUCUCAUUGGUUACUUCUCCCAAGAUGCCACAUCCGCAAUGGUUGAAUCAACUUUCCUCCAAAUCCAUCGAAUCAUAAUUUCAACGGAAUAUGAAAAUGUUGAAGAGCCAAUAAGUCUCCAGAGCAAAUUUCUUGAUGAUGCCAAAAAUCUAGGAUUACACUCCAAAAUGUGGUGGCUUUCAAUGGGAACCGAUCAAGCAUUGCAAGAGAAAAUGCUCUCAAAAAUUCAAUUAGAAGUGUCUGAGACGUUGGGAGAAGAAACGCCAAGUGAUCUCUCUAUUCAGCUCUUCUUGUUGAAAGAGCGGCCAAGCAAUGUGAUUUGUAAGGAUGAUGUGAUGGAAUGCAUGAAGAAUGAGCUCGGAGAAUACAUUCUCACUAAAAUUGUGUCCAAUGAAGGCACAAAACGAGAAUUCGAGCUUCUUCAUUCUCUCUACAUUCCCCUAUUCACGAAAUACUGUUCUCAUUUGUUCUUUCCUUUUGCAUUGGCUGUUAUUAAGAUGUUAACAGAGAUCAAAAGUUGUGAAUCGUCUGCUUUUAUGCUCACAUUCUUUGACGCAAUAGUAGAGAAGGUUGCUGAUGAUCAUCUAGAAGUGCUCAGUCGUGGCUUCUUGGACUAUCUAGGAGGCAAGGAUGUGAUCGGGAUGAAGAGACAAAAGAAAUCAGUGGAAGAAUAUGAUACCAAAGAGUUCAACGCCAUCGUGGCUAUUCUCCACUCGCUUAGGAUUAAACUUCUUAAUAAAUUUAUAACAGAAGUGGAUGUGAACUCCUUCCUCACUGAAUGCGUUGAACAGCUCGACGUAGCUUCUGCAUUCCCAGUGAAACAACAAAUAUGUCAUCUCAUGUCAAGAUUCAUUCGAAGAUGCUCUGAUCCCGAAUUGACGUUACAAUGCAUUCGCGCUUGCUCCAAUAUUGUAAACGAAGAGAAGAAGUCGUUGAACAGCCUCCCAGCGCUAGAUUGCUUUGUGACUGUAACGCUGAGUGCUUCACAAAGCAACCCAAAAGUAUCACAAGAAUCGAUAGAACAUAUUGAAUCCCAGCUCUCGAUUGCUAGUCAAAGUACACCGGUUGCAUUAAUCAUUGUGGAUGCUCUUACGAAAUAUAGAGCUAAUUUGGACGCGAAUUGGGCGCCAAUUAUAGUCAAAUUGGCGUUAUUUGGUCCUGUUCCCAAAAAAGAGACACGAGUCAUCUCGUAUGCCUAUUCGAGAAUUUUCGAAGAAGAGGAGUCGCAUUUUGAGAAAGAUCAAAUUGAACGAUUGGAUGAAGUGGUUCAGAAGGCUCGUUUUAAGGCUGUACUCCUCGCUUUAAAACUGUCAUCUGAAGAUAAUACCAGAUGGACCUAUCCAUUGAUGGAAGAGAUUUUUAAAGCGUCCGCGGUUAUGGAUCAAAGUUCUAGUAGAUCGUUCGGUCUUUCAAUGGCACAUAGACAGAAGACAAGAGGUGUGGAAUUACUUCAUUUGCUGACAACUAGAAUUGAAGAUGAGGAAUUCGCCGAGAAAAUCUUCGACUUUUGUAUCAAAUGCGUCGUCGAUCCGUGCCAACAGUUCUCCAUCAAGUUAAUUGUCGAAUGGACCAUAGCUAGACUAUGUGCCAAAUUUGACAAACUUUUCAAAAAACUCAUUGACGAUAGUUUUGAGAGAAAUAUGGCUGCUCAACGAAUCGGUUCGAUGUCUUCCUGGUUGAACGUUCUCAUGCUCAUAUCUCGUGCUUCUCCGAAAAAUGUGGACCAAUGCCUUGAAAAGGUCAUCGUCUGGUGUACAGCUCAAAACUUCCCUGUCAGAUGUAGUGCUCUCGCAGCAGCCCGUCUCAUGUUCUCCACACUCGACAAGGAUCGUCGGAAGAAAUGGAGACUCGUCAAAUCCAUUGUUACUUUGAUGCGGAACCUUCUGGAAACUCUAGAAGAGUCAUUGACAAUCUCUGUUCCGAUUUUUACUUUGCCAAACUCCAUAUCGAUGAUCACUUUGACUUCCAUACUGUGCUUUCGCUUAUCGCAAGUCGAACAGGAAUGCCAGCAGAGGAAACGAUUCCAGAAAAGAUUAUAG